AUGGCUCAUGAUGCCAGUGCAAGGCGCUGGUUCUGGAGCGACAUGCCUAAUUCUGCCGGCCACAAUGGCGAGGCCAGCGACCCAAGCGCGCCACGAUCCAGCACAAUUACUGAAAUGUCCUCCCCUCCCCCUCGUGCCCUCGACAUCCACAUGCAGGCGUACUUUGUCCGCGUUCAGUCAACGACGCGACUCACCUGUCACCCGCUUGAGAUGUGUGGGGAGGCCCGAGUGAUCUCAGAGGCACUCCUAGACUCCUCGGCGGACGAGAACAAGGAAAACCUGGAUUUCGCCUCCUGGGCGCAUCGCCUAUUGCACGCAGGGACCGAGAGGCUCUCGUACUCGCGCACCAUUGCGGUCGUCGUCAGGGAGGCCAUCGCGGACCUAUACUGGGGCGACGCCCAGACCGGGUCCGAGCUGCACCUCGCGUUCCUCAAGGCGCUCACGACCGCGUUUUUCUGUAGCUUCUUCAAGACGGACCUCAGCUUCCUCGACGGGGUGACCGGCCUGGACCCCAUCAGCCCCGUGCUCGAGCCGACACGAGCCCAAGUGCUGAACAUCGCCGCCUUCGUCGGCGACCUCUACGCGCUCGGCGUGCUGGCGGACACCGUCAUGAUCGAGCUCGUCUCGACGCUAGUCUACGGCCUCCAAUCGCUGACGCACUGCCGCGCGCUGCAUCUGCUGCUGCUCCGCGCGUGCACAGCCGCAACACGGGGUUUACCCCUCAGUAUGCUACACCACUGGAGGGAUGUACUCGUGUGUACGGCGCUCGGCUGGGGCAUUUUCACCCUCCCCGACACGGUGAAGCGCUGGAUCAUCGAAAUAUGCAACGUCCUGGAUUGGAUGGGCUGCAACGAACGGAAGGCAAGCGGGGCGAGGUCCAUGUGCCAUCGCUGGGACAAGAACCUCUCGGGCGAAUUGAUGCGCCAAUUGCUCGAGUACGCGCCGUGUGCAACUACCGGGCCACAGCCUCAGCGGUGCGCGCCCAGACGGGCACCGAUGCAGGACAUAUCGCACUGCUUCGAAACUUCCAGCGACGUGGGAGGCGACGUGUACUCCCAUUUCAAGUCCGUUGCGUAG